GCUUUUUUCAAGAUGCGCUAAGAUUUCGGAAGAUGUGAAUACUUACGUCGACAAACGGUUUAGAUUCAAUUUUUCAGGGUGGGGUUGCUGGGCCAGAUCGAUGAAGCUGUUCGCGAUAUUUUAAUUUCCGCGUUGCGCUUUGGUAUCACGUGAUGCCGCAGCCUACCUGCCGCGCGGCAGCGUUUACCGAUGCCGAUCCGAUCCCAGCAGCAGAUAUUCAGGUAACGAUUCAACUUUUGAAUGAAUUGACAAUAUUUCUUUAGUUCGCAAUAGUUUUAGUGAUCUAUAUGUGACGGCUAAAACACUUCAUAACUAUGACAAUUGUUGCUGUCGGACAACUAUGCUCGACGGGGAACCUGGCGCACAACCUCUCCCGAUGUCAAAUCCUGGUUAAAAAGGCAGUCAAUGCUAGCGCAAAGGCACUAUUCCUCCCCGAAGCAUCAGACUACAUAGCCUCAUCGCCUGCCGAAACAGUGUUGCUCGCACAAUCCGUACACCAGAGCCCUUUCGUUCUCGGCCUACAGAAGGAAGCUCGAGAAUCGAAGGUGUCAAUUAACGUAGGUAUCCACGAGCCAGCCCAGGGGGGUGAGAAGGUGAAGAAUACAUUGAUAUGGAUUGAUGAAACGGGAGAGAUCACACAAAGGUAUCAGAAAAUACAUCUGUUUGAUGUUGAUAUCAUGGAUGGCCCUGUGUUGAAGGAGAGCAGGAGCGUCGAGAAAGGGAUGGAAAUACUACCUCCUUUCAAUACCCCAGUUGGCAGAGUUGGCCUAAGCAUUUGCUUUGAUCUCCGCUUCCCAGAAAUCAGUCUAUCACUCAGAAGGCAGAACGCACAGAUAAUAACCUACCCAUCCGCAUUCACAGUGCCAACCGGCCAGGCACACUGGGAGACUCUACUGCGGGCACGAGCCAUCGAGACACAGGCAUAUGUCAUUGCAGCAGCGCAAGCCGGUGCCCACAACCACAAGAGAAUCAGCUAUGGACAUUCAAUGAUAGUAAAUCCGUGGGGUGAGGUAGUUGCUAAACUUGGGGGAGGGAGCCUAUCGCAAGAGCCGGAAAUUGCCGUCGCUGAUAUUGAUUUGGAACUUUUGGAGAAGGUGAGGAGGGAGAUGCCUUUGCUGAGGAGGAUAGAUGUAUACCCCGAGAUAUAGGCUCUUCCCUAUUACGCUGGUUGAACAUUUUAUGAUGAACUAGACAGUAUACCACUUGGUAGCUGGUUCCACUAAGAAUUUGGAUAAAGUUCCUCUUUUUGUCUAGUGCCAACAAACGGAGCUCGAUGCAGAUAUGCUCUGGCUUGCAUAUAUCCAGAUAGAUGUGUGUAGAGAUGUGAUAUUUUACAUCAGCUUGGUGGUUCUAGUAAGCUGGAUAUGGACUGCGACCAAAACCCAAACUUUGAUCUACAGCCUCCCAUAUCGACAAUUGAAACGGGAUUUGGAUUAAGCCUCCAAGAAUAGGGAAAAGCAAAUAGAAAACUAAAGGAAAAGAGACAAGGCGGCAAUGCCCGAGACAUGCAUCGUAAAGAAACUAACUCGAAAAUGACAAAAUAACAAUUCCACUCCGUCUCACACUUUCCCCACAAAACGAAUUCGGGUGAAAUGUCCGAU